UGUGUGGCUUUACAUAAUGUCAUACGAACUUCCGAAAGUUGACCCCCAACCUAAUUCGUCUGCAAGCGCUAGUUCAGGCCCCAAGGGCUUGAGGUGAUGCAGUGAUGUCUCUGAUUGAAGGAAUAGGUGAUGAAGUGACAUUUGGAGUUGGACUGUUUAUUUUUCUAUGUCUGGUUUUGCUAGCCUGGUUGUCCACCCAUACGCGAGAUAUCCCAUUUGUCAGUGUUAUUGUGAUUGAGAUUUCUCAGCGUCGUCACAGAAGUAGUGGCAACAAUGUAGAAGAAUCAUUAUCCACAACAAGAAGUGAAAAUGUAGAAAGUGCUGGUGCUGCAGAAGGUGGUGAUGUCAUUUCCUUGGAUGGCAGUGAAGGACAGGGUGAAACCAGUUCAGAUAUUGCCCCUUCACAUGAUUCAGUGGACCCGACAAUGGAAGAUAAGAUAAAAGAAAAUCAUGAUACUGAGGGUAGCUCAAUGUCUGAAUGUACAGUGUACCCUGUCAAUAACCCUGUUUUGCCCCAUCCUUUGUCAGAAAGUGAUGCUAACGAAAGAGUUUCUGAGAGUAGCCCUAACAUGGAUACUGAAAACAGUGUCAGAUCAGCAUGCGCUGGCACAAAAAGUGAAACAAAUUUCAAUGGUGAUUGUGAUGCAAAUACUACAGCAGGAGGAAAUGCUGCCAAACAUGAUAAUGCUGUGGUGGAUCAUCAGUUGGAUGGCACAAGCAGUUAUUCUGCCAGUGAGGUCACCCCUUUAUAUGCAGAAGAUAAGAGCCCGGAAUUACGCAGAAGACGCCUGGCUUACUUUACAAAAGUGGAAGGUGAUGACAAGUUGAGGAUACCAAAAGGAGAGACUCCCACUCUUCAAGAUACACCAUUUCAGCAAGAGCAUGAACAGUUUAUAAGCCAUGAUACAACAGAGCUUUCAGAUUCUCAGAAUAUAGAUUUAGAAUUUAAUCAGCAGUGUGAAAUAAAGGGUGGUGAACCAACUGUCAAUGAUGCAGCAGAGGUAAACGAAAAUGGAGCUGCCAGUGAUACAGCAUCAAAUACACCUACAGCAGAGUCAGAUGGAGCAGAAAAUAGUCAGAUUCGUGUCCGUCUCAAAUACCUAAACGACACCCAGCGUCUUGUUUAUGCCAGUCCUCAAGAAACCAUUGGUAACUUUCGGAGGACUCAUUUUUCCUCGGAACUAGAGGAAAACAAGAUAGUGCGAUUUAUCUUCAAUGGUCAGGAUUUGCGCAAUGACUUGUCAACACUUCGAGCAUACAACAUUCGUGACAACAGUGUUAUCCACUGCCUGAUCACUCAAAAUCAACAGAGCAGCCAACCAGCUUCUUCAAGCAGGAGGAGUGAUGAAGACUUGGAAAUUGGAACUAUGGUCUUCCCGAUUUUCGGUUGUGCCUUGAUGUUGAUUUGGUAUCUCCGCUUUUUUUAUAAACAGUAUUUUAGUGCUGUGUCCACAGUUUCCUUGGCUGGUGUGAGCUUUAUUUACAUAAUGGCCUUAUUGUCAUCCAUAAGAGGUCGAAGACAGGCUCGUCAGCAUCUGGAGUAAAUGAGAAACUAAGGUAGCUUUAAGGGUAUGCAGAAACUUUUCCUUAAUGCAUUGCAUAGUUUAUUCCAUUCAUUGUGUAAAGCAAGUGUGAAAUGGUUAUAAAUAGCAUAUGCAGACUGACAGUAAUAUUGUUAGAUCCCUCUAUUAAACUGCCUUUCACAGUUUAAUUUUAAUUGGUGCCUGAGUGAGUGAUAUGGCUUGUAUUCCAGUGUUGGCCACUUGCCAGCAAAACCUGUGUGAUUAGGGGUAAUUACGCAUGCAAAGAAUGGCUGUCUCCUUGCAAAAGCAGGAAGAACCUGUUGGUAUAAAUGUGUUAUCACAUUUGUUAAGUGUGGUGGUUUACCUACAAGGGAAAUGACUUUGUGUUGCUGGAUCAGCUGUUUUCUUGUCAGUUCAUCAAUUUACCAGUCUAUUUCUGUCAGUCUUGCAGUUGCACUGUGUGUUAGACUUGUUUUCAAUCAUUUAUUUUGUAUUUAUUGUCUGUAACAUAGUCUGUUUUGUAGUCAUUCAUUUAUUCAUUUCUUUUUCCAUCCAUCCUUUUAUUUAGGUUAUUUUGAAGAGUGCAAGUGGGAUUGAUAUGUUUUUAUUGCAUAUUAUCUUUUCUUGAAGUAUACAAGUGAAAGUGAAAUAAUUUGUGAUAAAAGAUAUCCAGAUUUUAUGUCUCUUUUUCGCUCAAGCAGCUGUUAUCACCACCAUAGGUGAAGGCUGCUGAUAAUGGUCAUGCUAUGUUCAUAACAUAGUUAACUCAUUGAUAUGUACAUAACAAAAUAUCUUUGAUCUUUGUAGCCGACUUUAUGUUCUGGGUGAAAUGUUAUAUUUCAUAUGUUUUAAAAAAUCACAAAUCAUUUCUGUCAUAAUCCUCAUCAAGUUAAGCUAUUUUAUAUAGUGCAAAACUACAAGAAUUUUAUUGUCUGUGACCCUGCAGUAAAGAUGAGAACUAGGGUUAGCAUGAAGGAGAAAUAUAUAUUUGUUAACCAGGCUCUACAGCAGUGGUGCCCAACCUUUUUUUUGCUCAAGGGCCACACAGGACAUGAUAUAAAAUUGCACUGGCCAGAACAUGGCAGUUUUGCCAGAAUUAUUACGUUAAAAAUGAAAUUAUGUUGUGUCGGGUUAAAGUGAACAGGUGGAUGAGACACCUUUGCGGGCCGAAUGUGGCCGGAGGGCUGUAGGUUGGGCACCCUUGUUCUAUAGUAUAAUAAGAUAACCAAUUUCUGUUCCUGGGAAACAAACUCUGCAGUGACUUGCAAAAAGUUUAUCAAUGUUAUUGAACCUGAUUUCUAGUACUUGGGGAUUACUGUUAAUGCUGCUUGUCAUCCACUUGAUUAACAUGUUAUAAAUAUUUGAAAACCUUACAAUAUUAUUAGUUCCAAUUAAAUUAUUUUCAGUUAGGUUCUAAGAGUAAACUGCAUUAGGUCAAGAUAGAUAGUCAAGAAUUUGGUGCCUGCACAGUUUGUUUUUCUAGUUUGUUGCUGGAAAUAUUUAUUAUUCAUGAUUUUUAUCAACACACUUGUCUGACACAUUUUGUUAGAAUAACAAACCUAACCUGCUAACUAUCCAUAUCCACAUCUAUCAAUGGGUUCUCCCAAACAACAGGUACCAGUCAAGGGGCAAAUGACUGAAUGACUCACCAGCUAACUAAUGAAAUAGUUCAGUAUGAUGCUUAUUAUAUAUCUUUGGGCUCUCUGGUAGAAAUGGUUGUUGUAGCUCUAAAAUACUUUUGUUUACCUGUUGGGCUAGGUUGUUCUGGCUGUAUUAUCCCAUCCUAACUCAACAUUGUCGACAUCUAGACAAAGAGAUGUUCAUUCUUACAACUUCUCAUUAAUAUAGCCACAAGAAGAGGUCAUGUAAGUACACAGCUGGUCCUAAGCUCAAAAUUUAUUUUAAAAUUAAUGAUAGCCUCAAAAGGCAGUGUCAUAAAUAGUAAAUAUUCCUCCUUUUGCAAAAAGAAACACUCAAAUCUGAAAAUUAGUAUACUUCUCCAGUUUGCCCCUGAUGCCACAGGGCAUUUCAAAACCUUACUAAGCCUAAACUUUGGCUAACCCAAAACCUAACCCUAAUCUUCUGCCCAGUUGUGUUUCCAAUAAAAACCUACAUAUCCAGAUCCAGAUUGCCCCAUAACUGGGUUCCUUCUUUAGUUCCUUUUUUUUUGACCACUCAAAGGGGAACAAUCUGAUGAAUAGCAGAGGUAAAUUCGUGCCAUUAGGGUCUGGUCAUCUACCUGGGAAGGUCUCCAACAUGUAGAAACAUGAAAAUGCCUGUUGUGCAGAAUUUUGUUUCCUCUUUUUAUCUUCUUUGUUUUCUUUUGUUAUUUGUCUACAUGGUUGUUUCUCCUCCGUCCUUCGUGUGCUGUCCAUGUCUUCUUCUGAGAGCAUGCUUCUCCGUGGUGUGAUUGUGCAGUAUAUAAAGCACAUGCUCAUUAUUAUUUACCAUGUAAUAGUACAUUUUUUAUUUCACAGAAAAACAUAAAAUACACACAAAUAGCACAUUAGGUAUGUACAUAAGCACAACAUGUAGUUAAGGUAGCACAGUCUUUUUUACAGUUUGUAUGUCAUCAAAAACAGGUCAUCCAUGGUAUUGUACACAAGAAUAUCACACAUUUUAGAUUGUGUAAAAGUCUUGCUUAAUUGUGCAUGAAUGUGUAAGUCUUUGUGUGCAGAUAUGCAUCUUUCAUUUGUUAAUGAUUUCUCCUUCUAGUUAUCAAGUGUUUUCCAGCAUUUUCAGUGUCACCAUCAGUAUUUUAGGCUUUGUUUAACAUGCUUUUAGUAACACCAAAUCAUUUAUGUCAGACCCCAUUCAAAAAUUUUCUUUACAUGAUUUGGAUCCGUGUAAGGUACAUUUCACUUUAGAAAAUGCUGUAUUAUGUUUUGUUUAGUCUCUCUCUCAUGCUUACUUAAGGGCCCAACCACCCACCACUCUGUGUCUGUGCGUGCACAUGCGCGCCUAUACUGAUUAUUUUUAAAACCUUGAAUAUAACUCGAUUGCUACUAGUAUGUGUAGAGAUUACCUCCCUUUUUCAUUCCCCACCAUAGAUCUUGUUAUGUAGAUGGACGUUAAGGCUAAAAAAAAGGAUUUUACCUGUUUUAUGCUGUCAGUUUACUGUACAUUUAAAAGCCUAUGCCUUGGUUUUUUUUUUUUUUUUUUUUGGCAAGUGAGUAGACAUGCAUUCAGGCACUUAGGCAUGGCUUGUGUGCAGAUAUUUAGAAGCAAACAAGAAUUGAAACAAUGUAUGGAACUAGCAGAUCAUUGUUUACAUAGACUUUAUUUUUGUUUUCAAAGGAAUGGUUAUGGCUAUGGUAAAUAGAAUUUCCUAACAUACUGGUCCUUUAACAGAUGAAAAUUGUCCAUGUUCUCAUUCAUUCAGAGUGCUGUGUUAAAUGUUGUUUUGCUUACUGCACAUUGGAUAUAUUUUCUGAUUUCAGUCACAAAAGCAAAUAUAAGUUUUAUGUAUGGAUUUUUCUUGUGAUUUUCAACCAUGGUUCUGAAAUCUUAACAAAUAAAAGGAGAAUAAUUUUUGCACAUUUUAUGAAUCUGCUUGGGUAAUGGUUGUGUUAAUUACCAUUGUGGUAAUGGUAAUGUCAUCUGACUUUGUGCUACAGCUGUAGAGAGAUAUCUUCCCACUGUAGUAAGAUUAAACUGGAUAGAUAACAGCCACCUAUCAGUUCAUGCCAUUUCUACUGAGCAAAAGCAAUAGAUGUCAUCUGUCUUUCUCAUCUCCUGCAUUUAAAUAUUUGCAGUUCACACAAUCAUGCAUGUUUUUGUGUGGUGUAGUUAUUAGAAUUUUUACUUGUUAUCAGAUGAUUUGCUGGAUGUUUGAUUGUCGUUGAGAUUAAAUUUCUUCUUGUAGGGUUCAUAGAUUUUAGGACAUUUACACUUU